AUGGAGAUACAUGAUAAUGAAGAAGAAGAAGAAGAUAUGUUUAAUUUAGACGAAGAAUUAUCCGAAGCAGAGGAGGAAGUAGAAGCAGAGGAAGAGGAAAAAGAAAAAGAUGAAGAAGAAAAGGAAGACUCUUUAGAUAAAAAAGAGAACCCAUUACUAUCUGCUUCUUUGAAGAAAUCUAUCUCAGAAAUAGACCAAAAGUUUAACAACCAAGAAGAUACAAGUAAGAGAAACAAAAUGAAAUCAAAGUAUAUUCACAGAGUAAUAGCUGUCUCCAUGUUUGCUACUUCUGUACCUAUCACUAUUCAUUAUGCAAUAGAUGAACCAGAACAAGAAAAAGAAGAUUCUUAUAAAAAGAAAGAUAUCCUUGUCUCUAGUUUUGCCAAUUUUGAUGCUUCGGAAAGACUGUUGUCUGCACAAUUCCCGGCUCCUCGAAGAAGAAAGAGUGUUGCUUCCGCUUCCCUGCUUCGACCACAACUAGAAAGUCUUGUGGGUAAAUCAUUAGAUACAAGAGGAGUGAAUAGAAAAAAGAAAGAUGAAGAGGAGCAUCAUAGUGAUGAUGAAUUUGAUUCUACUAUGCCUCCUCAUGUUUGGGCUGCUUUAAAUUCAGUGGAAGAUGAAUAA